CCCAACCCAUACUUGUUCUUAUUCAUGGAGCAAAGGACGAGCGGUUAAGGUUUUCUUCCUCGGUAUUACACUAAAAAUUGGGAAAAUUCGUUGUGAAGGAGGGGCAAAAGGCUAGACAUAUUCAUCACUCCUUGGCACCGUUGCAGUGAUUUCUACUCAACUUCUUCACCAAACUUUGGAGGUCUGGUCCUGAUUGUGGAACAAUUCGAUUCAAGAAAUACUGAAAUCAGAAUUAAAGAAUGAGGCGAAGACCUGGAAUUGGAGGUCUACAGAAUGCCGCCGCGGCUAGAGAUCAAUAUCGUUUGCUGGGAGAAAAUGUGGCGAAGUUGCGAACUGAUGUCAUGACAGAACAGCUUUCGACUUUUCGCUCUCAGCUGGAAGAUUUUGCUCGCAAACACAAGAAUGAUAUACGCAAGAAUCCUGCAUUCAGGGCACAGUUCCAUGAGAUGUGUGCAAAAGUAGGUGUGGACCCGCUGGCCUCGAAUAAAGGUUUUUGGGCUGAGCUACUGGGGAUUGGUGACUUCUAUUAUGAACUUGGAGUGCAAAUUGUUGACAUUUGCUUGGCUACUAGACCUCACAAUGGUGGCCUAAUUAGCUUAGAAGAUCUCUGUAGACUUCUUGGUCAAAGGAGGAAGGGUGCUCGUGAAGCUAUUUCUGAGGAUGAUUGCUUGCGUGCGAUAAGUAAGCUAAAGGUACUAGGUAAUGGAUUUGAGGUGAUUUCUGUUGGAAAGAAGAAGCUUGUUCGGUCUGUUCCUACGGAAUUGAACAAGGACCAUAAUGAAAUUUUGGAGCUGGCUCAGGGCCAAGGCUUUGUGACGGUUGAUGAGGUACAGAAACGAUUCUCUUGGUCUUCUGGUCGUGCAACUGAUGCUCUUGAAACUUUAUUAGAAGAAGGACUUGCAAUGAUUGAUGAUGGCCAUAGAGACGGCAGACGUCGAUAUUGGUUUCCGUGUGUAUCUAAUGUCUCCUCUUAUGCAGGUGACACGCUCUGAGGAUUCCUGUCUGAAUUUUUUUUACCCUUUUUUUGCAAGAAAAUGUAUGUGAGGAUGUCCCGACAUUCUGGAAAAUGGAUUUGGAUUAUGUGAAGUGUCGGUGUGAAAAUUCCUCUUUUUCCUUGUUUCUUCUGUAGAAUGGUGCGUGUUCGUCUACUUGUAUGAAAUGUAGUUUUCUACUUGAUUCAGUGCA